AUUUUGCAUGAUUUUAGCCACCGAAUCACCGAUCUGAUCUAGCUAGAUGUGUUAUCACAUUAUUUAGAAUCAUAUGUUUGAAAGAAUUCUCUUCUUGAUUUUCACACGAAAACAUCGUCCUACGGCUUCACGCGGAUAAAGACAGCUAGAAGACCAAAACAAUAAUUAUAACAUUCAUUGAAAUAUCUAAUGCGAAACCCAACCUGUUAACUGACAGCAAUAAAACCUCAACCAACAUAUUUUUGUGGAAGUUUUAAAAUGUGACGUUGACAAAUCGCUUGCGACUCUACAUCUUGCAAAUUCCUCAUCAUACACAGAACUCAAAUAUAUAAUGACAAAGUGGACAGCACAAAACUUUUCGUGAAGGUAUUAGAAUUUUCAUAUUUUUCAGUAAAAUUGGCAUUCUGUGAAGUUUAUUAAUUUGUAUUUUAUAUGCAGAUUUUGGCUUUUUCUCUAUCGUAUGAUAAAAGUCUAAUAUGUAAGUUAGCAAUCUAUCCUGGCAAUAUUUUCUUUUAUCGACUUCUAUUACUAAAAAUUAACGAGGAAGUAAUAAAACACCGACCAAAUGAAAUUUUACUUUUUAGAAGUAAUCUACACAAUGAUAUUUGUGAUAUAUCUUGUUUUUAUUCUGAUUUCGAGUAUACCGAUAGUAAAGUCUACCCCUACGUAUGGCGAUGAAAGGCUAUUAAGAGAAAAAUUGUUAACUAAUUAUAGUAAAAGUAUAAGACCAGUUAUUAAUUUGACCAAAGUAGUUGAUGUAACUGCUUUACUGUACCUUCAAACACUUUAUGAUUUGGACUUUGUAAAUAACUUUAUAAUGGCACGCUACUAUUUGGGAUUAAUAUGGAUCGAUGAAAAGUUGACUUGGAAUCCGUUGGACUAUAACAAUAUUACGAGUAUAUAUCUACCCAAAGAUAAGAUAUGGACGCCACCUAUUAAAAUGUGCAAUUCAAUGGACAAAUCAGAAGAAAACGAUGGUGUAGGUGAAUUAAUGCUUACUUAUACGGGUUGGAUUAACAUGUGGUCAUUCAGAUUACUGCACACUUAUUGUCAAAUCAACGCUUACACCUAUCCAUUUGAUGAACAUACGUGCGAAAUUUAUCUGUGUGUCGCUUUGCAUACUAUUAACCAUACCAGAAUAAAGGAACUCAUAUACGAAGAUUCAAAGUUUACACAAAACUAUAAGUGGGAUAUAAAUGUCUCUGGUAAAGUGAAUGGUACUGACGAAUUAUUCAGUUACGCAUUUGCACCGAUGUACUUACGACGUAAACUUACCGUAGGAAUCAUAGCUAUGCUUAUUCCAACAGUAAUGAUGACUAUUUUAACUAUUUUUGUUUUCCUUCUACCUCCUGAAUCGGGGGAAAAAGUUUCUCUGGCGACUACAAUAUUUUUAUCAAACGUCUUGUACCUUGUCCAGAUCGAUAAAACUACUCCAACAAAUACAAAAUAUCCUUCACUUCUAAUGUUAUAUUUAAUGUUAUUGUCAAUGUUAAGUGGAAUCGCUACACUUGGUUCUGUGGUUAUAAGUAAGUUGUAUGUAAUUCAGUCACCUUCCUUGAGAAAAUCGAACCCGUCAGAUCAAAAUAUGAAUAAAUCUCAUACUAAUAAAGUUGCAGAUAUUUCAACAAUUUCCAAGGUACAAUCAGAUUUGCCGAUUAGAGAGAAGCCAAACGAGAAACGAAUAUAUUGCAUAUCCGACUAUAUACGGCUCGAUGACAUAUUUCUAAAAUUAAGCAUUGCUACAUCUGUAAUAAUCUCAAUGAUAUUUACAUGUUUGUUGUUUAUUCCACUUGAAUAAAAAUAUGAAUGUGAAAUUACACGACAGUUUACUAAAAUCGCUGUGAAUUUGAAUGUGCUUAGCAGAAAGGAAAAGAAAUUUGCGAUAUGGAAGAUCAAACAUUAUUUAUUACUUGUAUUUUUUGUCUUCUACUUUAGUAUUGAUACAUGUUCAUUGAAAGAUAUAUGUGAAAAAAUAAAAACACAAGUUCAACUGAAUCCCUAUAUACAUACACAC